AUGGCCCGCGUCGGACAUUCAUGUGGCCUACUAAAACGGCAGUCGUUGCUGUGGCCCCCUACUUUGGCAUUAUUAGAGAGGAUUAACCGAUAUCGUCGGGCGUUGGUAAAUAUUGACAAGGACAAGUAUAUCACAGAGGGCGGAUCCGGAAAUGAACUCAAGACCCCUCGCUGCCACUUGCGAGGGUCGGAGCUUGAUACCAUUGUCCAUGAUGUUAAAGCUCUCACGAUGAUGACUGUAGUAUCGCUUCGCCCUGGUGGUUCACCGAGGAGGUCGAUAUGAUCCGCGCCAUCUAAAACUCGGCAUUAUUGUGAAUUUACAGGGG